AUGACCAAGGGACAACGGGCAAAGAUUCCUGUCAAAGCCAACAAGACAUUCAAAAAGCCCAGACCAAAGUCAAAGCCAAAGCCAAAGUCACAGUCACAUAGAUUAACAACCGUCGAGAAACCCCAGGAGGGCCAGGUUUGCAACAUUAUCCAGAAAGCGUUGAUAGUACUGCAUAACGCCGUCUGCAAUAAAUGUAAAGAUAUAUCGGCAGAGGUGCAAGAGUCCUGCUAUCGUGUUGGUAACUUCCAUACACGUGUGCUCGACUUUACCUUGGAGGUUGGUAUCGAUGGGCAAAAUGUAGAAUGCAUGGAUUGGCAAUGGGAACCAACGAUUCCUGUUCACCUGGUUCGUACGGUCUAUGAAGAAUCGUGUUAUCCCGAGGGAGCGGUCACGAGGUCUUGA